GUCAUUAAAGCGCGACAAACACCGGAACCGGAGCAGGAGUGUUAUGUAGUGUUGUUGUGUGACCGCAGCAGACAUGUCGGUGCUCAGGUCUCUUCUCUGCGCUUCAUCCAGAGGACGCGUCGUGUCCGGGGGCCUGACGGUGGACCGCGUCUUCACAGGUUGUUGUCGAGCAGCCAGCGGGGCGGCGGCGGGCAAAGAGCCGCUGAAGAAAGCCAAAACGCCGCAGGGUCGCUUCGACGGCCCCGAGGAGAAGAGCAGGGAUGUUCUGGAGAAGUACCCCGACGACGUGAACCCCGCCACCAAGGAGAAGGGCGGCCCCCGUGGUCCGGAGCCCACCCGCUACGGCGACUGGGAGAGAAAGGGUCGCUGUGUGGACUUCUAGUUGUUCAUCAUCACCCAUAAUCCUGACACGUGUCACAUCUGCACGACAACGACGAUGUGGAGUCCGUGUCACAUUUUCAUCAGAUUGCUUUUUGCUGUAAAAGUCAAAGCGAAGAGACGACACACAGUUUCUGACUGUCACUGCAUUCAUACUUAUAAACACAUCUUGGAGAAGGGAAAAAAGUUGUCAUUGUCAUCCUGAACAACUACAUCUAGCAGAACAUUUUUUGUGUGGCUCAAAUAUUAUAGUAUUGCAACGUACAAACAGUGGACUUUACUUUGGAAUAUGUCUGCAUUGAAUCAGCUAAAAAAAUAGAUAUAUUUACUAUGUAUAGUGUCAUGGUCUGAUCUGACCUUGCAUCAGUCAUUGCCAGAAACAAUGGAGGAAUGUGUUUGUAGAGUUCCCUUGAGUCGAGUCACACUUUGAUACUGUAACUGUCAUAUCAGUGGAUUUACUGUAAAGGCCAGAGGACGGGUGCUCUCCAAAUUGUGUUAUACGGACGACGACUUGGCUCGAUCCCUGUUUCCAGAGAAAACAUUUCUCCACCUUCUUCUUUACUUGGCCGCAAUUGUUGAGAAAUAUUACAAGCAUCCGCUUACAUGACCUUGAGCUAUAAAUAACUCAUUAAAUGUCUUUAUUGCCUCUGAGAAAGUG